GAAGGGGAACUACUUCCGUGAUUGAGACUCUAAAAGCGCUGCUUUUGGACUUGCUGUGGGAUUUUUUAUUUUUUUUUUUGGUGCCGCUCGCUUUUUACGUUGUUUUUAUUUAUUUUUUAAGUAAUGGGCUCAUCGCAAGAGGCUGAUAAGACGCUGUUUGUCGGGAAUUUAGACCCCCGGGUCACCGAGGAGUUGCUCUUCGAGCUGUUUUUACAGGCUGGACCUAUGAUUACCGUGAAAAUUCCCAAGGACCGUGACGGAAAGGCCAAGCAGUUUGCAUUUGUGAACUUUAAGCACGAGGUGUCGGCCCCCUAUGGGAUGAACCUUUUGAAUGGAAUGAAGCUCUUUGGGAGACCCAUCAAAAUCCAGUUCAGAUCAGGCAGCUCUCAUGGCACACAGGAGCAGGGCAGCCCUCUGAAUUCACAGAACUCGAGCCCCUCUAGCACGCCAACACACCAGGGAGCCGGCAGGUUCGGUAUGGACAGUAUGCCAAAUCGAGGCUUUGCAUCUCCUCAGCUGGCCCAGAGGUCCUUGUCAUCCCCUGACAGCCUACAGAGGCACGCGGUGAUAAACAGCAUGUGGCAGCAGCGACAAGUGAAUGGAGCCGCCUCGCCUCUGAUGCAGCCCGGCUUCCUGUCCCCUGAGCAGCAGCAGCAGCAGUCAGCGCCGCCGCCAUCACACAGAGCAGGCAAUCAGUGGCAGCAGCAACAGGAUGCCACAGCACAGUGCCACGGCAGGCAGGGCCCACUGCCAUACCCGCAAAGCAGAGGGCACUACGGACGGGAUGCCCACUUUUCGGAUCCUGGGCCCGACCGUCGUUACCGGGGCCAGCGGGAGGAAUACUACCAUCACGAUGACCGAGUGGCCCGCAAUCAUGGCAGAGAGUACCAGAGUAACAGCAGACGAGACAACAAAUGGCGCCAGUCACGAUACUGAGGGAGGAUUUUAUUUGUUUUAUCCUUUUUUUUUUUUUUCUUUUUUUUUUAAUCUUGGACAAACUAAAAAAAGAAAAUGAUUUUGGACAAAGAAAAGUUUUAUGUAAUGGGGGGUUUACUGAGCCCUGGCCUACUUCAUCGCCCUAGAGAAGGUGAGCCAGUGGGCGUCUAAUCACGUUCAGAAUGUCGAUUUGUGCCUAAGUGGAAGGAGCAACUCGGUGCCGACUGGCUUUAUUCUGCUCGCUUUUUUUUUAUCAUUUUUAUUAAUUAUCAUCAUUUUGUUAGUGAAUCGGGAGCUGAACUGAAAAAAAGGGGGCAACAGUUGACGCCUGGGUACACUAGACUGGCCUGCCCGCCCUGCACUGCUGUUUCCUUUGGGUUCCGCAGGCAGGACUAAACCCCAGGACCCCCUUGCUCUUCCACUCCAAGGGUGCAGCUGCCCCCCGAAAGUGCAUUUCCACCAGCAGACCCAACCAGGUAUAUAUUUCUAUACAGUAGGUCGCAUUUGAUGUUUGAAAACCUGGGGUUUUGAUUUGGGGGUGGGGGUGGG